AGGCGCCGCCCCUCCGCCCCAGUCACUGAGCCGCCGCCGAGGACUCAGCUGCCUCCCCCUCGAGCCCCCUCGCUUCCCGACGCUCCGUCCCCCCUGCCCGCCUUCUCCCGCAGCCGCCUUCCGCAGGCCGUUUCCACCGAGGAAAAGGAAUCGUAUCGUAUGUCCGCUAUCCAGAACCUCCACUCUUUCGACCCCUUUGCUGAUGCAAGUAAGGGUGAUGACCUGCUUUCUACGGGCAUGGAGGAUUAUAUCUAUAUAAGAAUUCAACAGAGAAACGGCAGGAAGACCCUUAGUACUGUCCAAGGGAUCGCUGAUGAUUACGAUAAAAAGAAACUAGUGAAGGCGUUUAAGAAGAAAUUUGCCUGCAAUGGUACUGUAAUUGAGCAUCCAGAAUAUGGAGAAGUAAUUCAGCUACAGGGUGACCAGCGCAAGAACAUAUGCCAGUUCCUGAUAGAGAUUGGACUGGCUAAGGACGACCAGCUGAAGGUUCAUGGGUUUUAAGUGCUUGUGGCUCUGAAGCUUAAGUGAGGAUUUCCUUGCAAUGAGUAGAAUUUCCCUUCUGUCCCUUGUCACAAGUUUAAAAACCUCACAGCUUGUAUAAUGUAACCAUUUGGGGUCCGCUUUUAACUUGGACUAGUGUAACUCCUUCAUGCAAUAAACUGAAAAGAGCCAUGCUGUCUA